GAGGAGCGCUAAUAGAUGCAGCGCUCUCUAAAUAUACGUUCUGGAGCGCUUCUAAGACUUCGCUAUUUAGAGUCCGUACAGAGACUGCGUCAUGCCACAUGCACUCAGAAUUCACCGAUGCCGUUCUCAGAAAUACCGAAGAUUCCGUCGCUGUCGUUCAUUGGAAGUGCAUGGAUGUACUUGCCUCUGAUCGGUAGGUACAACAUCCGCGAUGGUAGCCGUGCUGCGUGGGACAUUUACCAAAGGUAUGGGCCAAUUGUGGCGCAGCACCUGCCUGGACGGAGGGUCAUCGUGCGUCUGUUCAGCGCAAAUGACAUUCGGACACUGUACCAAGAGGAAGGAAAGACACCACACCAUGUUGGAUCACUGGCCCUCAAACUCUAUCAUCAAAGCCGAAAGCCCAAAUUCUUCGCUAAUGACGGGCUACUGCACUCGAAAGGUGACGAAUGGCGGCGGAUCAGAUCUCUGUCACACAACAGCGUUUCUGCCCCUAAUACCGUACAAGAAUACGCUGAUGGCAUCGCUGGCAUUGUCGACGAUGUCAUUUCUCUUAUUUCUUUGUCGCGGGAUGAUAACAGAGAAGUUCAAGACUGCCACAUCCUGAUGAAAAGAUGGGCUUCAGAAUCUGCAAUCUUUUUGGUUAUGGGGAAGAGAGUCGGAAUCUUAGAGCACACCAUGGAAACCAACUCGUUGGCUGGAAACAUGUUCUUCAAAAUUGAAGACAUCUUCUUCUUGCUGAAUGAAUUGACUACAACAUUUCCUUAUCACCUCUAUAUUCCAACGCCCUCUUGGAGGCGCUUCGUCCGCCAUAAUGACGAGGUAGUAAGCAUCCUGUUACCAUUCAUUACGGAAGCAGCGGAGAGUGCUCUUCGAGAUCCGAGCAAGCAAAACAUUACACUCGUCACAUCUCUUCUUCAUGAAGCAAAGAUGACCUUUAAAGAAAUCUUCACGUUCGCUUUCGACUUCAUCGUAGCAGGCUCGGAAACGGUAGCAGCUGCUGCGACGUAUUGCUUAUAUUGCCUUGCAAUGAACCCUCUUGUUCAGCAAAAAGCCAGAGAAGAGGUUCAGUCGGUUCUUAACAGCGAUGCGAGCUGCGAAUUCAAGUAUUGGGAGCUUCCUUACGUAAAGGCCUGUAUUCGUGAAUCACUUCGGCUCUACCCUAUUGUCCCCGGAGUUCACCGCAAAUUGGAUCAUGACGUUGUGAUGUCUGGCUACCUUAUACCAAGAAACACCAUCUUGCGGACUGAAAUUUUCGUCAGCGGAAGACUGGAGGAAAACUUCACCAGAGCUUCUGAAUUCAUCCCAGAGCGCUGGCUUCGAGCUAACGGCGGCCGGGCAGGUGAAGCUCUGAAAAACUGGGCGCUGCACCCUUUCGCCUCCCUGCCGUUCAGCACCGGUGUACGGAUGUGCAUUGGAAGGAGGAUAGCCGAGAUGGAGCUCUCUAUUCUUAUCGCAAAGGUAUUGAAAGAAUUCAGAGUGGAGAACCACCAUGGGGACAUUGGCUUCCUUUCACAGAUGACGAGUCGGCCACAGAAAGCACCCAGGUUCCGCUUCAUUAAACUCGAGUAGCAAGUACAUGGGUGACUCUUCCGAGUACUUCAGAUGAAUUUAAAUAAAGCAUGCUC